AUGGGGUUAUCGGAAGCUAGUAGUAUUGAUGAUGUGCCACCGAUGGUGUCGCUGGUGAACAAUACUGGGCCUGAUAGUCGUCGUGUGAAGAGUGCAAGUGUGAUUCCGGGGGUAUAUUCGGAGACGCAGGUUUUAGGGGAUGAUGAGAGUGAUGAAUAUGAGGGAGUUGGUGGUAAGCAGCAAGAGAAUAAUUUUCCCAACGGUCAGGAGGAUGGGGAUGUUCACAGUAGGGGUUUACGGAAUGAGCCUACGACGGCGUGUGAGACGGAUCAUGAGGCGGAGUAUAAGAAUUUGGUUUUCCAGGGAGUACCCAACUCUACUAUAACGUCUAUGGCGCAUGGGUUCAGUAGCCGGAGUAAUAGUAACUAUAAUGUGAAGAGACACAGUCGUAGUAAUAGUAAUAUUGGGAGUGAUUUGAAUGCCACUCCUAGUUGGUUGGCCAAAAUGAAUCCGCAGGAUUCUCUUACUGGGUGGAAGAAGGAGUUUGGACAGGCGUUUAAGAAGAUUUCCAAGCUAACGUCGCGGAAAUAUCCGUUAAAAAGUGGGCAUUGUGGGGGGAAGAACAAAUUUGGUGUUGAGGACAACGAGUCGGCCGAUGAAGAGGAUGAAGUUGCGGAAGAGGAGUUGAUUAUCCAAAACAUGGCUUCUGAUUUGAUUGAUAUUCUAAUUGCGGGCUGUCCUGCAGCAUUGUUUGCUGGGAGUGGGUUCCUACGUGAUGAGCACGGCGUGAGAAGGGCUUCGUUGUUGUUGGCGAUGUUGAGUGUUCGUGUUUCGCCGAUUACCAAUAACGACACGAUGUUGUCUCUUCAGAGGGUGAGUACAGACACUACUGUUACAAGUACUGGUAGUAACCAUGAGGAGACCAAGGGUAACGAUGAGUCGAUGAUGGCGAUUGUGGAUCAAGGUUACCACACCAAGUACAAGUUGGAACUAGAAUAUGGAGUGGGUGAUAGUAGAUUGAAGUGGGUAAUAUUACGCUCGUAUAAAGAUUUGGCUUCACUACAUGGGAAGUUGCAAUUAGUGUCCUUUCAACAGAAUACUUUAAACAAAUUGUACAUUGAUCAUAAUAGGUACCAGAGAAUUCAUUUGCCUCAUUUUCCGAGGUUCGAUGAUUACAUGAAAAAGGCAAAGAGACCUUCUACACCUACCGCACAGACCAAUACUGUCACAUCCCUUUCUACAGUUGCCACACCCAGAUCUUCAUUGAAUUUUGAAGCUAAAAGGUUCCAUAUGAAACAUAUCCAAGACUUGAUCGAUGAAGCCGAUGACGUUAAAAAACCGAUGCACAAAAGAAUAGAAAAGUACUUAAGAUUGCUUAAUCUAGCGCUCUGUUUGAGGCCACAGGCAAAUAGGCUGUUCCAAUUUUAUGAACUUUCGCCAAUAGGAAAUUUAUUAAGUUACGAAAACGGAUUUCAAGGCAAACAAGGUUACUUAAUCAUCAGAUCUUCAGCAAAAGCCCAAGGAUGGCGUGUAUCUCACUUCAGGUUUAACGAUUGGAAAGCGAUGAUUGAGAGACACACCAACAAGUGGUUCCUCGUAAGACAUUCUUAUAUCAUAUAUGUUAGUGAUAUGUGCUCCACAACACCGUUGGACGUUUUUCUUGUUGAUUCCAAGUUCAAAAUCAGCUGUUCUGGAAGUUUCUUGGAAGACAAUACAUUAAAUGAAGAUGAUCCUUUAGAUGAUAACCAAAAGAAAAUAUCAACUAAGUUAUUGAUUACUUUGGAAAAUAGUGAGCGUAAAUUGCAAAUGAUCGCCAAAUCUGAAUAUUUAUUAAAGUUGUGGGUUUCCUCGUUGGUCCAAAUGCAAAAGAACACUAUUUGGUCGAAACCCCAAAGAUUCGGUAGUUUUGCACCUGUUAGAAAGAAUUGUUUCUGUCAUUACCUUGUUGAUGGCCGCGAUUAUUUCUGGGCUUUAAGUGACGCACUAGCUAUGGCUAAAGAUGUAAUAUUUAUACAUGAUUGGUGGUUAUCACCAGAACUUUACAUGCGGAGGCCAGUUCAAGAUAACCAAGAAUACAGAAUCGAUCGUAUUUUGAAAGAGCGUGCAGAGAUGGGUGUAAAGAUAUUCAUCGUUAUCUACCGUAACGUAGGCUCUACCGUGGGCACAGACUCUCUCUGGACCAAGCACUCAAUGUUAAGCUUGCAUCCAAACAUCCAUUUGAUUAGAUCGCCUAAUCAAUGGCUACAAAACACCUACUUCUGGGCUCACCAUGAGAAACUAGUUGUGAUUGACCAUACUAUUGCUUUUAUGGGCGGAAUUGACUUGUGCUAUGGUAGAUAUGAUACCCCUGAGCAUGUUUUAAGAGAUGAUUCGCCUGAGUUGCAGAAGCAAAAUUUCCCUGGCAAAGAUUAUUCAAAUGCAAGAGUUUGUGAUUUUUACGAGUUAGACAAGCCUUUUGAAUCCAUGUAUGAUCGCGAACUCGUUCCCAGAAUGCCUUGGCAUGAUGUUCAUAUGAUGACAAUAGGUGAAGCAGCUCGUGAUAUGUCAAGACAUUUUGUACAAAGAUGGAAUUAUUUAUUAAGGCAGAAGAGACCAAGCAGACCAACACCAUUGUUGACUCCACCAAGUGACUUUACCCCAGAGGAAUUAGAAGAGUCUGAAUUUUUCCAGGAAUUGAAACCUAGGUCUACUUGUGAGAUUCAAAUUUUGAGAAGUGCAGGAAAUUGGUCACUUGGCUUAGAAGAGACUGAAAAAUCCAUCCAAACAGCCUACCUAAAGUUAAUCGAAACUUCUAAGCACUAUAUUUAUUUAGAAAACCAAUUUUUUAUUACUAGUUCAAACUGGGAUGGUGUGGUGAUUGAAAAUAAGAUAGGUGAUGCUAUAGUGGAUCGUAUUAUUAAAGCAAACAGCGAAGGAAAGCCUUGGAAAGCUUUCGUUGUAAUCCCCGUAAUGCCAGGAUUUAAUUCCGAAGUCGACGAACCUGAAGGGUCUAGUAUUCGUGUUAUAAUGCAAUGCCAGUAUCAAUCAAUUGCCAGAGGUGAAACUUCAAUUUUCGCAAAAUUGAAGAGAUUGAACAUUGAUCCAUCGCAAUAUAUUCAGUUCUAUUCCUUAAGAAAAUGGUCAACUAUAGGACAGUAUGACAAAUUAGUGACCGAACAACUAUAUGUUCACGCAAAAGUAAUGAUCGUAGAUGACCGUAGUUGUAUCAUUGGAAGUGCAAAUGUUAAUGAAAGAUCUAUGCUUGGUAACAGAGAUAGUGAGGUUGCAGCCAUUAUUAGAGACACUGAUUUAGUGAAAACCAAAAUGAAUGGUGAGGACUACCUGGCGGGCAGAUUUGCAUGGGAAUUACGGCAGAGGUUGAUGAGAGAACAUCUUGGUUGUGAUGUUGACCUGGUCGAAAUUAUUGAACGGAAGUUUGGUAGACUAGAAGAUAUUGCGGCCAAGAAUGUGAAUAAUUUGCACUUAAUCCCUGACGACCAACUCUCCGAAGCUAGCCAUGAACUGAAGGUUCAAAGUGCUAUGUUGGAAAUUGGAUUCCGUGAAGUCAUGAAUGAAGACUGUAGUGACCUAUGGCUACAAAAGUAUGGUGCUAAAGAUUUGAAAAACUUUGGUAUAGAAGUAGACCAUAAUGUAUUUGUCGGAUUGGAUGAAAAUGUUCCUGAACCUCUGGCGCCAAAUAAAGCAACCCAUAAGAAAACUCCAUUGCCUUCAAAGAAGAGUAAAAAUAACGGUAAGAAAAGUUAUAGCUCUAACGCCAAGUAUUAUUCUUUCAAUAACAGGGCUGGAGAAGCUAAUGUUGGCAUUAGGGACAAGAAACCUAUUAGUACAGAUUCUAGACUAGUUGGAAAUCACACUCACACAAAGGACGUGGAAGGUCUUGGACCAGAUGGCUGGAAGAAGACUGAAAAAAAACACAAGGAAAACGUCACUCAACAACUAAGAGACUGGACAGCAGAAGUUAUGAACAUUCGUACCGUUGAUUGUAAUCGGGAAACUAAGGAAAAUACCCCUACUACAUUCCUGCCGGACAAGGAAGAUGUAAUACAGUACUUACAAGAUGAAAGCAUCCCAGACAUAAACAAAUGGAAUAUGUUGAAACGUAUUUGUUAUCUGCAAUAUUUAUCUUUCAAAAAAGACGCUAAAUUGACAGAAUACAAUAAAACACAAAAGGACACUGCUGAAACUAUUAGCCGAGCCCUAGACUUCCUCGGUGAGGAAGUGAUGGAUGAUGAAGCAAUAGAUGCUAUGCUCUCCCAAAUGGUUCCAUCAGUUGCAGAAAACAGUAAACGGCAACCGUUCGCAAACUUCAACUUUAUGGACCCAUAUGCCUUUGAAGACCCCUUGGUCGAUUCUUUCUAUGAAGAUAUGUGGUUUGCAGUUGCUUUAAGAAACAGUCUAAUUUACAGAAUGGUUUUCCAUUGUCAGCCAGACAAUUCCGUUCAGACUUGGCGAGACUAUAAGGAUUUCCAGAAGCUAUCCCAAAGUUUUGACGAUUUGCAGAAAAAAAUGAUAGAUAUGGAAUAUGGAGAGAAGGUCACAAUUGUUGAUGAUUCUAGCGAUGCUGAUGAGUCUAACAUCUCUCUCGAAAAAGGUACAAAACUCAAAGCAGUGCCUACAAAUGUGGCUGAUACUUUAUCCACAGAGGUCGAUCAGCCUUUAAGCCAGCAGGCUUUAAAGAUUACGACCGGCGCCAAGAGUACAAAUCCUUCUAAAAUGAAAUUAUCCAGUAGUCUGUUGUACGGCAUCAAUCAAAAAAUAUUUGAUAGGCAUACUGCCAGACGCUUACUUGAGAGAAUUAAUGGGCACUUGGUUAUAUUCCCAACAGACUGGCUCUCCAAGGAAGUGGAAUCUAAAAAUUGGUUCUAUAAUGCUGACAGGUUACCGCCUAUUGACAUCUACGAUUGA